CAAACGCGCGCGCGAAGCAGGGAUGAGGCUCUUUGACGUUAUAUGCAAGCGCUCUGUGGGGUUGAUGCUCUUACGAAUUUAUUAGUAGAUUUUAUGUAUAUUUGUGGAUUUUCAUAGAAAGUGUGCACGUGGAAAGUGUGUUUCGCGGGGUUUAUGUGAUGGUUUACAAAUUGUCGGCUAUGAUUAGUGUAACACUGUACUGAGCAUGUAUAAUUUGCUCGUGACAUACUUUUUUAAAGCAAGCUCAUUUUGAAUCGUUUUUUACAUUGAAGUAUCAGAACUGCUUUUAAUUGACUUUUCACAAUGAAGAGUUUAAACAAGUACAGUUUGCCAACCAUUUUGGAACGAUUAAAAAACCCUCCAGUAGAAAUUUUUUUGGAUAAAAAGGAAGAUAUCAUUCGCAUUAAUGAAAAUGAUCAAGAAACAUUAUGGAACUGUCUUCUGACAAAUGUAGAAACUGUUAUAAAUACAGCUUUAUAUCCUGACCGAGGAUCCCAGAACGGGAAGCAAUCAGAGAAAAAUAACUCAGAAAAACAUGUUAAAGAAGUUUGUGACAAACAGGAUGAAGAUUUUGCUCAAGAGUUUCUCUUUACACUGAUACAAUUAGCACACACAGUCAUUGAUGUGCCAGAACCUACUGUGCCUGAUUCAAUGACAAGUUUAGUAACAGUGAAAUCUCAUAUUGUGAAGUUAUGUUCUCUUUGGCUCAAGAAAAAACUUCAGCUUGAAGAGAGUAUGUUGGUGGAUACUUUCAAGUAUGUAGUGAAACAAUCUCUUCUGGAUGGUGCUCUGAAAGCAGAUGUUCUGUCAGUGUGGACAUUCAGAGCUGCUGUGAAAAUUGUUAUUGAGAGUAAAGAUUAUUUUAAAGUAAUGAAGGAUGAUUUGUUAGAUGUUCCUGUGAGCAAAAACUUCUUAAAAUGCAAGGAAGGAUGUAAUUUUGUUGGAUUUAUGAUGACCUUAAAUGUUCAAUUUACUCUGGAAAUCCAUGAUGUCAUAAAGAAGUAUUUACCUGUUUAUAAAGCAGAAGAAUAUGCUCCAAUAUAUUACUAUGCAUGGAACUCAUCGAAUUUUGAAAUGAAGACGGUUAUUGAAAAGGAAUGCAUUCAGUUUUUUAUGUUGAAGUCUCUGACCUUACCUCGUCAGAAUCUGAACAUGAUCAUUGCGGGUCAAAAUGCUUUACGUAUAUUGAGUCAAUUUCAUCAGCAGAAACAUUUUCCUCACGUUCAGAAAAUGUUGUCCACAUUGUAUGAACCUUUAUUAUGGAGAUAUCUCACUAGUCCCAAUAACACUCAUCGGUGUAAUGCCACUGAGGUCCUUUUUGAUGCUUACCCAUUGGAGAGACCAGGAAAAGGCAGGCAAAUCAAUGAUGUUUAUUUAAAUCAGCAGCAUGAUGCAAUCACCAAGUUACUUACAGACAAUUGUCACAUAGUUCGGAUUAUUGCAAUACGUCAAGUGUGCAAAGUUCUUUCAAGUUAUUGGGAAGCUAUUCCGGCGGAAACUAUACACAGAUGGAUGAAAACUAUAUGCAUUUUGGCCAAUGAUUUCUCAUCCUUUUUUGUGAGAAGAAGUGUAUUCAAAGGACUUCCAGUAUUGUUAACUAACCCUCAUGCUACGCUUUGCCUGGAGCAGAUACUGCCACGCUUUCAGAAAAAUUUCCACGAUCCUAAUGAACAAGUUAGGUCUGCAUUUGUGAAUAUGUUACUAGCAGUAAAAGCAGCUAAAGGAAGACUAAAAUUCUGGCAUAUUGUCCCUCUGGAAGAACUUGUUGGGCGUUUAGAGGUUGAAAAUGAAGUAGUUGGUAUAAAGUUGGUAGAUUUACUGUUCGAGAGCUUUUUCAAUUCUCAGUUUGAUGAAGCAACUGUAAUAUUGCGCCUAGUUCACUUAGUUGCAUUGAAUUCUAGUGCAAGUUUAAAGUUCUUUUACUUUUCAAAAAAGAGAUUGCCCCUACAACAAGCAGUGAAGAUGAUGCUUGAUAUCAUUACUUUUGUUCGAGGCUACGUUAAAGCAAAAUUAGAUGCAGCUAAGGUUAGCGGGAAAAAGGAUCAACAGGCACAGCAGAGCCCAGUGUCAAAAAAAAGGAAACUAUUUUCGGAACAAGAUAAUUUGACUUCAGUUAAUGAAUCUAUUGAUGACAUUGUUACUGAAACUGUUAUGACUGAUGGAAGUUCUAUAGCCACAACGUCAACGUUCAGUUUGUUGGAAAAUACUGAGGAACCUCCAAAAGAAAUGCCUCUUGAUAAUCCUGAAAUUAGUAAAGGAUUUUUGGAAAUUGCUGGUGUACUUUGGCACAUUCAUUUGAAGGAUAUUGAAAAACCCGAAAAUAAAGAAAUCAGAAAUAAUAUUUUUGAUGUAUUUGAACCGUGUUUAAACUCUUUCUUACAAUUUUUUAAGAGCCAUACCGGUUUGUAUAGUGCAGUUUUGGGAUUGUGCAGUUUCAUGCCUCCAUCACGAUUGAAAUACGUAUCCACUGUGGAAAGUUCCUGUGUAUCUCAAUUGAAAAAAAUGCAGUGGGAUAAUAAUUCUGAUAAAAUGCUAAUGUUUUUGGUUCCUCUUUGUAUGUGGGGUAGAGGAGCUGAUGUAAUUGAGUUGGCUCGAGAAUGGCUUAAAGAAACUUUCAAAAAAGCCAAUGUUGCUAAUGGCCGCAGAUCAUCAUCGUGCAGGAGGAAGGUAGUGAAUUUUAAAGAGGCCACUGGCCCGAAGCCCCGUUUAGGUUUACGGUUGAUUGAUUCAAUAUUGAUGAUUCCUCGUUGCAAAAACAAAGUGUUUGGACAACAUUCAGAGGAAUUAGUGCAAUUGUGGUUGUACAUGGGAACUGUAAAGGAACUUAUUGAUAAUCGUUUAGGAAGAGGUGAAUGUUUCCAAGACCCAGACCUAUGUGACACGUUUCUAGAAGAAUGUUUUGACUUGUAUUUGACAUUAAUGAUUUCUUUGGAUAAUGUAAUUCAUGAAGAUCAACCACUUAAUUCAGUUCACGAAUUCAAAGUAAUAGUUGAAUGGGCUUCAGAAACACUACUUCCACACAUUCCUCUUGAUCUUGGAGAUGUUUCUGAUGAACAUUGUGAUGAAGAAUCUCCUCCAAUGCUCCCUUUUGUUGUUAACAUUUUGAAUAUUGUCAUUAAAUAUGCAACAUGUUUAAUGCCUUUGGGGAGAGUUGAUCUUCAAUUAGUGAGAAGCUUGGCGAUUCUAAUAAAAUGUUCACUGAGUAAAGACUACAUAAAAGGGUAUGACAAAGGUGACCAGCUUCAUCUGUUUAGAAGGGUAGUAUUGACAUUGAUGAAAAUGGUUUUAGAUGCAUUAAGUGAGCAUCACAUGGAACAGACAUCAAUGAAAAAAUAUGUUCAGGAUUUUUCCAAAGUUAAAUGCACUAUGAAUGAAGUCCUUAUGUUUUCCCAAAGGCACUCUGCAAAAUUGGCUCAAAAUGUGGCAUCCAUGUUUGUUGUUUCAGUAGUUAAUAUAAUUAGGACUGCAAUGAGAGUUGAAGCAUUUGAAGAACCUGUGGGAAAAAUUAAUUGUCUGCCCUUCUUGGCUGCACAAAUAGUGUCACUUUUUGUACUGAGAGUACCAAUGGCAAAGUUAUUCUGCAGUGGUCUUGAAAAACAUUUUGCCACAUAUACAAAAAAGGAUGCAACAUAUUUUAUAGCUGCUUUGAAUCUAUAUUACGUUCUGUGUCAUUCUUCUACAAAAAUUCCGCCAGAAAGUUUACACAACAUUCUAAGUUCCUGCAGAGAUUGUUACAAGGCUGAAUUGAUAAGGCAGAAAAGUGAAGAAGGCAGUUCUGAAAUUAUUGAAACACUUUUGAGCAAUGAUGGCAAAAAGUUGAUAGGUGGCAUUCAAGAGAAAUUGCUCGGUUCACAAGCUUCUUUAUCUUCUGCUGCUGUCCAAAGCCUUUUGGAAGAAAAGCAUAUUUGCUCUAAAAUGAAGCACAUUUUUAAAAAAUUAGCUAAUGUUGGAUUUUUUCUGCGCAAGUUUUGUGUCAAUGUCAUAGACAAGCUAAGGUUGCUCUGUGUCGAUGCAUUAGUGGCCAAGAUCAUGACUGUGACAGUGGAAAAUAUUUUUGAUAAAGCCCAGCUCAGCACUCUUUCCCACAAUAAGUUAUUGCAAAGAUUAGUGGAUCUCCAUGAAAAGUCUAACCCUCUGGAGUUUCAAAAACGUUUUGUACUUUGUUUAAAAUAUGCUAUUGCAAAUGGAGAGAAAGGCCCAGCAGUACGCAUUUUGGAUUUAGUGUCAAAGUUCUGUGGCAAACUAGAAGGCAGGAAGACUUUAAAUGGUAAAGUUGACAAACAGAACGAUGAUAAUGAUGAUAAAAAAGAUGAUGAUGAAGAAGAAGAAAAUGAAGAUGAGGAACCAAUGAAUCCCUUUGUAUCUGACCUUUUGAAGGAGCUACUAAAGGUACAUGGCUGCAAAAGCUCUAGUUCUAGAAUGAGAAUAUGUUAUUGCAUCAAAAGAAUUCUUCAGUGUUUGGGUCCUGAAGCAUCUAUAGAUAGCGAUAUUUGUGAGGAAAUUUAUGCUGCUAUGUUAGAAAGAUUGAAGGAUAAAUCACCUUCUGUAAGAGCUCAAGCUGUAACAGCUCUGGAGCGUCUCCAGGACCCUUCUGAUCCAGACUGUCCUGUUGUGAAAGCAUUUCUUUUUCACAUGUCAAUGGAUCCCAGUGCAGAAGUGCGUCGUGCAGUUUUAUUGUGUCUUGGCCGUUCCAAAUAUUCGCUCCCUUAUAUUCGUAAUAGAAUUCAAGAUGUUAAAGAUUCUGUGCGUAAGCAAGCUUAUGUGUCUUUGAGUAAAGUAACAAUUAGAUCACAUUCCAUCAAGAACCGUGAACUUAUUCUCUCACAAGGACUAAAGGAUCGCAAUGAUUCUGUUAGAGAUUCUGUUGAAAAAGUUUUGCUUCCCAAUUGGUUUGAAAAUUGUCAAGGAAAUUUUGUGGAUUUUCUUCAUUCACUGGAUGUGGAAAAUUCUGAAAUAGCUGAAAAAGCUAUUAAAGUGAUUUUUCGGCAACAGUCAAAGGAAAAGUUAAUUAAAAAUUUAGAUUUGGAUUCUGAAAAAUUAAUUCCGUCUGAAAAAUUGACUAUAGAAUUAUCUUUUGUGUGGAGAUGCCUUGCAGAAUUUCUACAGUCGGAAGAAGAUGGCCAGUGGGAACUUAUUCUACCAGAACUUUCUCUAUUUUGUGAAUAUGUGAAAAGGAACUUGGAUAGAUUAAAAGAAAUUAAUAAACUGGAAAAGUUGGAACCUUGGGAUCACACUCCGAAUGAUUUCAUCAUUUUGCAGUUGCUGCAAUUAAUGAAAGUGUUUGACUUAGGGGAUGAGGCUGGAAGGGAAAAAUUGAAACAGCUGUUAAUAGAUAUGUUAAUGAGCUCUGAUACAAGAUUGAAGCUCAUUCCCACAAUAAUAGAUGUAUUGGUAAAAGUGGUCCCAGAUGUUGCUGCUAGACUCCAACUGAUAGCAGAAACUAUUUCCGAAAUACACGAUCCAUUAGUGGAAGACGUAGAAGAUAUACCUGCUGAUCAGAAACGAGAACUAGAUUACAAGCUUGCUCAGCUUCGCCUGCAGAGAAAUAUAUUGGAGGAAGACUUGGAGAAAGCUGUUGAAGAAAAGAGAUAUUUGGCUGCUGAAGAUUUGAAGAAUGAUCUUGCAAAAAUUACUGAAGAACUUCAGUUACUCUCUGUCAGUUCUGGAAGCAAAGAAUCACUGGUAAAACACCAGAAAGAUGAUCCUGGCAUAAUUUCAAAAUGUCUCACAAUUGUUUUUGAAAUGAUGCAGUCUCCAACUGUUAAGGAACUUAAUCCUCAACUUCGCAGUUUAUUGGAUAACUUUGUGAAGAACAGCUUAAAGAUCGAACAUGCUGUUGUUCAAGUUAUUGCUCUGCAGUGCUUGGCUGUUUUCUCAUUACUAGAUGAAUCCAUAGCCAAAGAAGUUAUUGUUAUAUUUUGUUUGUAUCUUGGCAGUACUUGUGAUGAAAUUGCCCAAGUUGCUGUGAAAGGAAUUUUUGAUCUUCUUCUAAGAUAUGGUUUAAAAACAUUUGCAAUUAGAGAGGAGGAUGGUGAUAUUUUAGAUGUGACUGCAACUCCAAGAAAGAAAUUAAAGAAGAACUUGAUGAGAAAAAGUACAUUAAUUAUCGAAGAAAGUGAUGAUAACGAAAGUGAAGCUGAAACUGUAUCCAACAAAAAUGACUCCAAAGAGAUUGAAACUAAGGAAUAUCACUUGCUUGCUUUGCUCACCAAACAUCUUGAUUCAGCAGUUAAUAUACAUAAUAAUCUUGCAUUACAAGUGUGCAAUGAAGCAUUGAUAGAAAAUUAUGGUCCAAAUCAACAUGAAUGGAUCAAUCUCCUGUGCCUAAUGGAACUUGUGUUGGAUGAUGAUUUGAGGAAAAAUCUCCAGAAAAUGGCAGAUAAGAUUAAACGGGAUUGCCCUGACAAAGCCUCAAUUCGAGCUAUUCAGAAGUUCCAAAAUAUUUUGAAAGGAAAACCUGAUAGGCGGCACAGAGGCUCUGAAUCUACAACUGGAGAAGUGACAGCUUCAGAAAACAUGGAUUUGACACAGACUGACUCUCGUUUAAGUGCAAAACGUGGAUCGUCUUUUCUUGGUUCUGAUGGUGGAUCAACGGGAAGUGAAGCCAGUUUUAACAGAAAUAAGGCACUGAGGACUGGGUCCAGUAGCAUGAUUCCUUCUAGUUCUGAAUUCAUGGGCGUCAUUCCUGAAACUUCAGAGUCGGACAGUGAUUCUGUUUUUGAAAAUGAGGAAGAAUAAACAACGCCACCAGCAGAAAUUUUUCAUCUGUCUCUGAGAAUUUAUUUACAGUAGUCCUUGUGCCCCUAUGUAGUAGAAAUACCAUUUAUGUAUUUUUAUUUUAUAAUUGCAUCAACAGGCAAAAUACUCUAAAAGUAAUUCACUAGAAAGAGGUCUCUUCCUCUUGCAAAGAGUUAACCUUAAAUUUAUAAAUUGACAAUGUAUAUACACAAAUUUAAACAAUUUCAGGUGUAUUGGAGGGUCAAUCCAUCCAUUUUUGCCCCUGAAUUUACCAUUUUUAUACAACCUUACCAACAUGUAUAAAAUAAGAUGGAACACACAUUUAUUGUGUAGUGGUUAAACUUAACUCAAGACUUCAAUAAUUCAAAUAUAUUUUUUUUUUUUUAAUCUUGAACUUUUUUUCUCUAUACUCAUGCUUAUUAAUACUUAGAUUGAUCAUAUUUUAUGAAAAGGUAAUUCUGACAAUGUGAAUUAGUUUUUUAUUCUUCAGGGCGAUGGUACUUUUACUAUUCAGUGAAUAUUAAGGAAGGAUGGGUUUGUAGUCUGGCACACUGAUAAAAGUUUGUUGUACAUUUAUAUUAAAUUACUUAAAUGUGUGUCCAUCAAUCUGUUUCCAUUGCCUUGUGACAAGCAAGUCCGAACUCUGGUCUAUGUUUUAAGUCAAUGACAAACACAGGAAAUACUGAAAUGUCAGUAAGAUGAAACUGGUAGGUAAUGUACAUAGUUUCUACAGGACUGCUGCACACAGGCUUUUCAAUUUCCCUCCAAGAGUUUUACAAGUAUUUUAUAUUAAUUACUACUUGAAUGUAAUACAUAUUUUAUGGAAAAAUAAUGCGAGACAUUUACAGUAAGGAAUUAAAACAAUUCAGUCAGUGUUGACCUGAAUCUAAAAUGAUCCUACUAUUUCUCAGAGACUCUCAAGCUUCAGUAGCUUGCAAUGCUAUUUAAAAGAUAAACAUCGAAUGUAGUUGAAUAGGCAUAAAUUAAGCAAUCAUCGCUUUUCCAGAACACGAUUGUAAUUCCAAAAAUCAUUUUCUCAAGAGAGGACAAUUUAAUUUUCCUGCAAUUUAAUUCGCUUCCUGGUAAUCAUGGACAAGGAAUAUCAUAUUGCAGGUUAUAUCAGAAGGUUGUUUAAGUAUUUUUUAAUUUAUUAAAAUAGAUUUUCCAAAACUCAACUUUUGGGCAAUGUUAUUCCAUAAAAGUGAAUUGCAUCUGCCACGAAGAAGAUAGGUACAGUUUCAGAUUCUUUAAGUUUUCAAUUUAAAAUUCAAUUACUUAUCUCACAUUAAAAAUGAUUUUUUAAAUUUUAUUUUAUUUUUUUAGUUACAACUGUAUCCUAGGAGAGCGAUG